UCUUCAAGUGUGCACAGCAUGAUCAUGUUCUCCAUAUUUUUCCCUCAGACGGAUAACUAGCGUUCCCAUGCCAGAACUAUCCUGACAAGUUUACAUAUGUUAAAGUAACUUUACUCAGUUUUAGUACAUAGAACAAUUUAUACGCACACUGUCUUUUAAUAUCGCUGGAAAGACUCGUCACUCUGAAUGUAAACACGUCCUGAGACGGCGCAUGCGCACUGAGUCGAACGCGCUUCUAGGUUGAGACAUUGUGCAGAUUCAAGCCUGAAAAUGGGGGACAAACAACAAUAAAAGUUUGCAGACACACCAUUGUUGAUAUCAACUCUAUAGGAGCCAUGGUUCUUAUAGUAGAGGCUUUUGUUCGCCAUGAAUAUGCGACCCGAAUGCUUUUCUAAAGUGGGAUUGUACUCCGACAACUGUGACUUAAGGCCAUCUCAAACAAUACACCCAGUUAGUGUCCAAAGAGAGAUUGGAGAUCCUUUUGGUGACACUCCUGACAGGACCAGACAGCAUCCGAUCUUGGACAAGACUCUGGGUGGGAAAGCUGAACGGACCUCAUUACCUUUAAAGCCUGGCAGAGAGUUGGCUGUCGCUUCAGAGGCUGGCUCUGUGGGCACAGAAACACUGUCAUCUCAAACUAAACAAAUGGGGGGUGAAGGCACCCCUGUAAAAAGUAAAACUCCUCUUGGACAGACCAACGCCAUUGAUAACAAGCCAGAGUUUGUAUCCAUGAAUUCACAUAGUAAUUCUAGAGACCCCGUGGGUGAGAAAAGUGCCAAAGGGUUAGAGACUAUGGGGGUGUCUAAUGAACACUUGGAGGGCAAAAGGACGAAUAUGCGGAAACUCGCCAGUCAUCCUCACGCACAAGCCACUUGCCUGAAACAGCUGCUUUUGCUUCAGCUGGACUUGAUAGAGCAACAACAGCAACAGCUGCAGUCUAAAGACAAGGAAAUAGAUGAACUCAAAUCAGACAGAGACACGUUGCUUGCCCGUAUUGAGCGGAUGGAGCGCCGUUUGCAGUUGUUAAGUAAGGAACCUCGUGACAAGAGGCUCUUCCAGCCACUAGAAAGAUGGGUUCCUGACACAGAUGACUUUUGGGAAACACAAUCAGGUGACAGCACUCAAACUCAGGCAUCUAAGUCAAGUGGCAAAGUGCAAAAGAGGAAGUUCAACUUGUUAGAUGCAAAGAAUCAGAGGUCAAGGGGUAAGACCUCCAAAAUGACCCCCCAAAAAUUAGAGACGGAAGGGACAUCACCAUGUCAGCGUGACCUACGAAACAAGGAGACCCCAGAGAAGACAAAUGUCGUGAAAUCAUCCGGGCAGAUGGACCCGCAGCCAGAGGGAGAAGAAGACAGCAAAGAAACGGAAGAUCUUCCGUACAUGACAACAACUGAGAUGUACCUUUGCUGCUGGCAGCAACCUCCGGCCUCUCCAUUACGGGAUGAGUCUCCAAAGAAGGAAGAGGAUGUUGCAAUCCCAUCAUGGAGGGAAAACAUCAUGGAACCCCUUCAGGAGGAAGAUGCUGUUGACAUUCCUGAAAAUCUUGAUGACGGUGUUUUUCUGAAGCGGCACGCAAAGUUAGAACUGGAUGAGAAGAGACGAAAAAGAUGGGACAUUCAGAGAAUACGUGAACAGCGUAUACUUCAAAGACUGCAGCAACGCAUGGAGAAGAAAAAGACAAAUGUUCAGGAGAGCGAGCCAGAAUUGUUCUCGUUUUAUCCUGAUGUGGACAAUGUGGAGGCCAUCAUGGUAACACCCUUUCUGCCAGUAGUGGCAUUUGGUCGGCCUUUGCCCAGUUUGCCUCAACAAAAUUUUGAGCUGCCCUGGCUUGAUGAAAGAAGUCGAUGUCGCAUUGAAAACCAGAAGAAACAAACUCCCCACAGGACAUGUCGGAAAUGAGUUGCACAUAUUCUUACUAUGUGUCUUGAGUUGAUUACCAUACAGAGGAAUGCUACUUCAUGUCCUGUAACAGAACAUGGGGUUGAAGGAGGCAAAGCAGCUGUGUAUUCAUUUUAUUGUGCCCUGAUAAUAAAGCACUAACUGCCCGGCUAACUGCUAUUUUAGUUCCCUCACAGUCAGUGUGUGGCCUUGAUUAAAUCCUCUUCUUGUUGUCCUGUGCUGUGUACUUUCAUUGAGGCUAAGUGAUAUUGAUCAUUGCAGGCUUCCCUGCAAAUACUGUUUUAAUGUGCACUAGACUGUGGGUAUGGAGUACUGCUGCAAAUUUGCAUGUAAUGCCUCAAUGUUUGUGUUGAGAGUGACUUUAAACAGCUUUUGCAAAUGUUUUUGUGCAUGAAUGUCUUGAUGAAUCUUAUGCCUAAAAAAAGUACAUAUUUUUGUAAGCAUAGUGUAGUUGUUUAGAGGGAAAGAAAUUGUCAGGAUUGGCAUAAGGAUGCUAAAAUGCAUUGAUGAAUGCUCUGUUGUAAAAUAGUAGGUAUGAAUUGAGUGUAUGGCCAUUCAAGUGUCUCCGAAGACAAUGACCUUAACGUUAUUUUUGGAUCAGUUAGUUGGUCUGUUGAUGUUGUUUUUGUUGUAACUCAACUUUCUUAUUGAAAAUACAUUUAUUUUAUCUUAAAACCUUAUCCAUGUCCAGAAGUGUUGCUAGUCAUUAUUCAUUUUGCAUAAAUUCUGUGUGUCACAGGAUUUA